GGCCAAAACAGCACACACUACCAGAUUCCAUUCACGAACAACAAGAGUCACAACUAAAAAACUUAAAUCUCGCAAAAUAUCUCGCGAUCAAACGUGACUUUAGUGUAGGCAGGAAGAAUGUCAGUUUUUGCACUACUUUGUAGUGAAAAUUCACAAAGCAUGGGUGGAUGAAGUCAUGGAGACACGUUAAAUAAACACUUGUGUUGUUGCCACGAAUCAACAAGUUGGUCCUCCAUUUCUGAGGUCCAUCUUACUACUUUAUGCUUCGCAUUUUGCAUUAUUCAUUAUCCAUUCAGUCAGCUUGGUUCUCAAUUGGCUAUCGUUCUUUCCACACGUGACUGUGUCAUCGGCUGUCCUCGGGGUUCCCCACACACAACAGAAAUAUCAGAUCAUAAAUAUUGAACAUGUUUAAUAUUUACGAUUUGAGAUCGAUUGAAUCCAUUGAAUCCAUUAAAAAAAACACUCCAAUAAGUAACAAGUAUGACCGCAUACAUUGUCAAAUAAAUAGUUGCGCCUCCUCUGAUGUAAAAUGCACCAUUCCUACUUAUAAAUUAAGGCGGAAUGCAGUUUAUUCUGACUGCCCCUAAAACAAAAACGCUUGCAGCAUUCAUGCAAUUCCAACUAGACUGCUGAAAAAACUAAGCAGUAACAUAAAACCGCCAGUGGAAAAGAGAAAUUAUUAAAAAAAAGAUGACAGUCCACGACUAUAACAACUUUCUAUUACCUGCUUUGCGCAAGCCAUGAAAUAUUGGAUUGUGACACAAAAAUAAGAUGGAAUUAUUAAAUUAAAAAGCACUUUUAAGACCAAAAUCUGAAGCUUGUAAUGGGAAUACUCCUUUCAGACUUCCGAGCAGAUCGAGGGAUGUAAAAAACACUCUUAACGUACCUCAUACUGCAGGAAUAUCCGGAAAGAUAAUCUUUAGAACCAUUAAAACAUCGGGGCUUUGCUGACAAUUGUCAAGAGACCAAAAAUUGGCUGGAUUCUCGUGUAGUGUACCUGGCAUAACCCUCUUCUCUCCCAUUUGUCUCAGUUCUCACAUCCCUAACCCCCAAACAUUCUUCUCCUCUCUCAGCAGGGCACCACGGUGGCUCAGCGGUCGGCACCGUUGCCUCACAACAAGGAAGUCGUGGAUUUGUAUCGAGUUCAUCGAGGCGUUCCCCCACUCUGAGUCUUGACCUUCAGGUUCCAGACGCUCCAGCCAUCUCACGACCCCGUUCGGCCUCGUUCGGCCCCAUGUGAUCGACCCCUGUUCUUCCUCGACUCCAUCAUCCCACCGUAUACGACCCAGACCAACCUUCGGCUCCCGUUCAACCCCGGUGACAAAAAUGGCCAACAGCACCAUAUCCCCUGUUUCAAUUAAUGACAGCGUUGUGGGUUCCACAGUCAGCACCUCUAUAGGCGCCACCAUCCUGAGCCUCGUCUUUCUCUUGGGCUUCCCCGGCAACCUCUUCAUCAUCUGGAGCGUCCUGGCUCGUGCCAGGAAGCAUUCCGUCACCACCCUCCUCAUCCUCAACCUCGCCGUCGCCGACGGCUCUCUGAUGGCUCUCACCCCGUUCUUCAUCAUCUACCUGGUUUGGAAGAAGUGGGUGUUUGGGAACGUGAUGUGUAAGAUCAUCUUCUACCUGUGUCUGGCGAACAUGUACGCAUCCAUCUACCUCAUCAUGCUCAUGAGCGUCUACAGAAUGGUGGCGGUGCUGUGGCCGCGGCGCGUCACUCUUUUCACCGGCCGGAAGGCUGUGUUACGGGUGCUGGCGGUGGUGUGGGUCCUGGUGAUGGUCGCCUCUGUUCCUGCGAUGAUCUUCAGAAAGGUGGCAGAAAAGAACAACACGUGCGAAUCAUUCCACACCGAAGGAAAAUAUGAGGCGGUCCUCCAGUAUACGCUGGAGCUCGUGUUGGGUUUUUUAAUUCCCUACAGUGUCAUUUUAGUCAGCUACAUCUGCAUCUUACGGCGACUCCGACAGACCAAGUUCCGCCGGCGCAUUCGUAGCGAGAAGCUCAUCCUUGCCAUCGUGUUGACCUUCUGUCUCUUCUGGUUGCCCUACCACCUCAUCAACAUGGUGCAAGUUACAUGGGAUUUGUAUCCAAAGGGUCCUAUAAAAAACAAGCUGAAUUCAAUAUGGCACAAUUGCCGAGCUAUCACCUCCGCCAUCGCCUUCAUCAGCAGCUGUGCCAACCCGGUGCUCUACUUCUUCGCAGGAAAGUCCUACAUCCGGCGAGAAGGGCUGGCGUUCAUGGCCCGCUUGUUCGAGGGCACGGGGCUGGACUCGGCCACCAGGAAGAGCCGACAGAACAGCCAGAACAGCCGCGACAAAGACAAAGAGGCGGAUGCCGUCAUGCUAAAGGACAAAGAUCGAGACUCCGUUACCAACUCGAACUCUAAUACCAAACCGGUGAAGAAUGGCAAGACUGAGCAGGCUUGAAGCUGGUGUUGUUCCUCUGGAGGGUCAAAUUAAUCAGGGCUCAUCGUGCACAGCUGGUUCCUGCCGAUCAAGAAAACAUUCAGCAGCUGCUGCAUAACGUCAAUCCUCUUUCCAAAUGAGACAAACUUUGAAAGGGAUGUCACUGGACAUACUGAUCCUGGAACAGCCCGAUGCAUCCUUAAAAUGAGAUUGCUGUGUUUGAGUCGUUGGGUAAAACACAACUGUAUAUUACUCUGCUCUGGACUAUUUUAUAAGGAAGAACUGUGGAGUAUAAUCCAGGGCCAGUUAAUGCCUUAUGUUUACUGUACAUUGUUACUGUAAUGUCAACAUUUUUCUGUGCUAUUUUGUUCAAGGAAUGUUUUAUUCGUCCAAAUCAUUGACUGUAUAUAAAGACAGACGGCGUGUCUCCACUUCCUCCCACUUUACAAAAAGUGAAGUUAAAAUAUUUGGGAUUCGGGAGCUGCCAUCUUAAGAUUUUGAAGUCAUUUGGAGCCAGAGUCUGCCGCAGUAGUGAUUGGGAAGACUGGAGCCGCGGUAUUGAGGUCCCGCCCACACACACACCCGAGCCAAUCACGGGCUGAGGACGGCCGCAGCUUAUCAGCGAGAGAGACUCACAGUUGCCAAUCAUGACACACCCCUUUUUAUAGCAUCAAAUAACUAAUUAAAAGCAAAUUUAUCAGAAAAAAAACCCCACUGAUAAACAUACAUCAGUGUACUCAGAACUA